CCAUCAGCUGCGCGAAAAGAAGGUUUCGGAUUCAAUCCGGACAGUUAUUCCAUUUCUAAGGUUUCUCUUUUCUCGGAAUCACUUCUGGUAAAGGAUUUGAUUUUUGAAAGAAGUUGUUUUAUUUGAUUAGACUGGAAAGGUAAGGAGAAAACUUGUAGGGAGUCGGUUUCGGCAUCAGUGGUGCAAGAGAAAGGUUUGUUUUAUUUACAUUGUACGCGUUGUUUGAAUGUGGACAGUGAUUCAGGGAAGAAAAAAAAGUGUGAUUUAACGUCUCUGCCGUGAUUUUCGGUUAUUGUCCUCGAGUUUUUGACUUUAGAACUUUAUAUUUGACAGGGAAAAUGUGAAUUAUUCUGAGUGUUGACAUUAGUUGAGACAUUUAUGGUGGACUAAAUUAUCUUGAAUGUGUAUUUUGAAUACAAUUAAUUUUAAAGGAAAAAAUACGUACGUAACGAUCUAACCAAAGUACUCUAAUUUCUUGUCUUGAGAUUUUGAGGAAUAAUUAGCAAUAUAACAGGCAAUGAACAUUUUUAAAUAAUACUGAAAUUCUUCAUGAUUGCCAAGACUGAUAAAAGUCUUUUUUAAUAAUAAAAAAAUAGCUAAAUUUCUUCCUAUUAAUACAAAUUACGAACGAAAUUGCAUGAAAGACUUUUCCGAAAUUAAACGAAUAUUUUCUAAUCCAUCUUUAUAUCCAAUGAAGAUUUGUCAUACCAUUUUAUAACAUAAAAGAACACUUUCAACAAAUAGUAAUACCUGAUUUUAUGUAUACUAUAUUGGCUUGAAAUUUAGUAAAACUGGCUAUCUACUAAAUCGCUCAGAAUGGUACAGAUGUUCUAUUAUGAGAAUCACGGACAAGCCUGCCGGAAGAUUUUAAACCACGAAGGUUCUCCCAGCAAAAUCUUCCUGUUUGCAGACGAGGGAUAUGCCAAGACGGCCCCUACUGCCCACUGGAUACUAAAAAGACCCUGGUGGAGCCGGACAUUCUGCAAAAUCACCGAGAUUACGGCGACUCGUCGAAUCAGUACAAGAGCCAAGAUCGUGGACCUUGGAAGAGGAAAUAUGUGUAUUAAGGGACGCUUUAAGGAAGUCGAAGAUCCAGACUUCAGGAUGUAUCUCACCACCCACGUCUCAUCGGCAGAUUUCAAACAAGGUUACAGCAUGACAGGAACACUUGAGAGAGGCAAUAAGAAGAAAGGGGGCCUACACCUCACACAUUUCGCAAUGCUAAAGAGGAAAGACUAUCUGAAAGAUGAUAACAAUAACAAGUGAGGACCUGUCCACUGUAUUCAUUUGCGCGAACGAAAAGGCUUUUGGCUAAUUGUGAUACCUUUGUUGAAAUGUCCCUGUUCUUUUGCAUUGUGAUAUUUUUGUUAGCUGUUUUUUGACAUACAUUGAUGCUUCUGUUUUCGUUCUUAAUUAAUUAAGGUAGAGUAUUAAAUCACAUGAAAUGAAAUACUUUAAAAUUCCGGUGCAUUAUCUUCGAAAGAUUUUUUUAUAUAUAUAUUUUAAUACAGUAUAUACCAGAGUAUCCGGUUCAUGACCAUCCGCCUUCCGUAUUAUCCGGCCAAGUUUUCUUUCUUUUAUCGUAAUUAAAUGAAGGAUGCAAGGCGUUGCAUUGACAACUCAGUACGUACAGUAUUCGCAAAUUGUUCUUGGGGUAUGAAGAUUUCAAAAUGGGUGAUACUAUGGAGGAAAUAUUACGCUCUAUAUAUUAAUUAGACUCUGGUGCAGCAGCAAAAAAUAUAACUUCUGAGUUAGGAAAAGUACAGUGAAGGACUGAAAAAAAUUUAGCAGAAACUGAUAAGUGAUGUAUUGGACAAGCUAGUGGAGGUGCGGAAGUGGAACGUGGCUAGUGGAAUUCAACACGUUACUGGCAACAGCUUCUAAGAUUCACCGAGCCGCGGUCACAUUCUACUUGGCUUGAGAUAAAUGGAGAGCUUAGUACUCAAUAGAAAGUGAGAAAAUACGUAUAAUAACAAUGAGUUUGGUAUAAAAACUUUGUCUUCUGGUACUGGUGGGCAAAGAAAUGAGUUCAUAGAACUCCGGUCUAUCCGGCAUUUUUGUUAUCCAGCCUGCCCUUCCACCACAUUAGGUCGGAUACUCGGGAGUGUACUGUAUUUUGUAAAUUGCCUACUUUUUCUGAAAUCAACAAACCAUUCUAAGAUAAUCUGGAUUAGCAAUCAAAAUAAUCCCGAAAAUGCAAAAUAAAUACAGUUCGUUUGUGAAAUAUGAUUCAAAAUUUACAUUUAGCAGAGUAAUGCUGUUAUUCAUCAUCCAUUCUUCCAGCAUACAUUAUCCAGUCUGCUGAUUUUAUGUAUUUCUGAAAUUUGUAUCCAAUUAAUUUAGAACUUCAUGAAGCAAAUACAUUUUCAGUCAUUAGUUAUUAAUCAGUGAUUUUAAUAUUAUAAUGUAAUUUAUAAAAAUAUAACUAUGCAAAUUUGAAGCAGAUUAUUUAGAUGAAUUUCCUGUUGGGGUAAAACAGAAAUAUUUCAAUACAUGUGAGUUACUAAGUCAAAAUUAAUGAUAGAUAUUUUUCUUCCUUAUCUCAAUUGAAUAAAUAUUUCAUUAUUAAAAAAAUUAUCAAAAUUUUUAUUUGAAAUAUAUAUUAUAAAUUAAAUAAAGUUAUACACAUGAUUUUUUUUAACAUUUUUAGUCAAACUUAAAUCUAACUUUGAAACACCAUCAAGCGAAGAUUAUUUUUUCCCAAUCAAAAUUAAUAUUAUUUAUUCUUACAUGCUUAAAGCUGUUAAGGAAAAACUAAUAGAUCUAGUAUUCAAUUUCAAAAUGACAUGAAGUGAAAAGAGAAAGUAAUGUUUUUACCAUCUCAUUCAUACUUUUGAAGAUACAAACUAUUUUCUUCUAGAUCAAUCGAAUCUUUUUAUAUCGAAUUAAUUACUUUUCAUGGCCUUUUAAAGUAAAUUUUGUUUUCAUAUUUAUGCGAUGCAAACAUUUUUUUUGUUUAAUAUGUAACAUUUAACUCGAUAAUUUCCUUAACAUUUUUUUUAUUUCUGUUAUUACUUAGCAAUAAUAGAGUUAAUUCAUAUGUUCACAUGAUAAACAUAAUUGCGCAUGAUAAUUAAAUUUUAUAACUAAAUGCUGCACUAUAUCUGACAUUAUAUUUGGAAAUGUGUAACAUUUUGCACGGGUUUGCCGUCUAACAUCCUACACUGCGUUUAUAUAUGACACAAAUCUUCAGAAUCGGACAAAAAAGUCGUUUCCGAAUUUAAAUUUGUUUUAACGUUCUGAUUAACAACUCUGAGUUAUUAAAAGUAACGACCAUGGAAAUUUUAUGUUAAGUUUUUUUAAAACCUAUUAAAACAUAUCGUUCUGUGUUGUUUUAGACACUAACGUCAUGAUAUUGAUUAAGGUUUAUUGGCAUUCAUAUUGACAAACAUCACAAAUGUGAAAAUCAUCUAAUGAAAUGUUUAUUUAAGAUUAGCUAAAUAUAAUAUAAACAUAGAAAAUAAUUACUAAAAUUAUAUUUGAACAAUUCUAAUACUGCUAACGAACAUAAAGAAUUCUAAGGUAAAUAGAAAACGAUAUUAAAAAUCUAUACAGAGUUGCAUGAUUUUUCAGAAUUGAUAAAAGCUCCAAAACAUUAUAAAAAUACUGAAUUAAGAACUGGAGUUAUAUUAACCAAUCAUAAAGAAAAAUAUAACAUAAAUAAAUCCAUGUGACAAAAAUUAACAAUUAUUUCAAACGGCGAAAAUAUUAUUUUCAGCGUUAUGAGCAGGAAUUAAGUCUGAUUGAAUCUUAAGCAUGAUUUUUUACUUCAUUAAUAUCAUGUAACUGUGAAAUGAUGUCAUUUACAUCAAGAUAAUUUAUUAAAUUUUAUAAAAAUAAUUAUCAUAUAACUUCUGAAUAAAAGAAUUAUUUUACUAACAAAUUCCAAAGCAUGAUUUUAGAUGUUUGUACUUCAUUCCUCGAGAAUAGCUAUCUUUCUCUGAUCUGUUCUUUCCUGAGAUGGGAAUCAAUGUUUUUAUGGAAAUUCACUAUCCUCAGUUAAAGAAAUUAAUUUUUACUUAAUUAAAAAAUAGAGCUUUUUACUAUGCGAAGUAUUCGUCCAAGCAGCCAGUCCCAUGCAGAACAAGUACAUAUUCUGCUCUGCGUUCCAUCCUCAAUGAUAAAAAUUGUUUUUAAGACCACUGGGAUUAAAUCGAUGUACAAAUGAGAAGAAUCUGUCCAUUUUGUGCUUCAUUUAGAAAUUGAUAAAAUAGUGCCGCGCUGAUUAAUGUGAGAUAAUAUCAGUGUAUAUGCAAUGUAAUUGGGGAUGAUUUUCAAUUCCGUUGCCAUUUUGAAAUUUGAAACUAUAUAUGGAAAAAUAUAUGAUUGGAAACAAUUGAAAAAACAGCAAGUUUAGUUUA